UACAAUUAGUUGUAAACAUUAUUUUAAUAUGUAAAUAUAUUUACUAACAAUAGAAUCCGGUUAUAUCUACUUAAGCAUUACGAUUAUUUUUAUUGCUAUUCCACAUAAAUAUUUGAAUUGAAUGAAUUUAUUUAAUCAAUGCAAGAAUACUUGUUUUAUGCACUCGUAAUUGCAUUUGUGCUCUCUUGCGCUCUCAGUAUGACAAAUAUUAUAUUAAGUACAGUGAAUCCCCUAUAUGAUCUAACUCUAACUGUAAUGCAAAUAUUAAAGCUGUUUAACAAGCUCUAGACUUAAGUCGAUUUUAGUAGUUCAUUGCUAUUGUGAGCUUAGUAUAAAAGAAGCUUCUAAGUUUGAUGUGUGUGGAAUUUUAGAAAAUAUUCAAAUAAACAAAAAUGAUUCAAAUAAGCUUAGCAUUAAAUUUACUUCUAAUGGCAACUUCAUGCCUAUCUAUAUCUCUACCUGAGGAAAUCAAUAAAUGUCACUUUGGAGCUGAGAAAUGCAUUAUCGAUUCAAUGAAUCACGUUAUAAAAAAGUAUCCCAAAGGCAUACCAAAAAUUGGACUAAAGCCAAUUGACGUGGUCGAUAUAAGAGAUUCUAUCCUCCUUGAAACUGAUCAAUCGGGACCCAUUUGGAUGAGUUUAAACUUAACCAAACAAAUUAUUUACGGUUUUGAGAAUACAACUAUCACUGAAGUCGAGGGUUUCGAGAAAGAUCCCACAGCCCAACACCUCACAAUCUCAGGUCGUAUACCGAGCUUAAUUCACAAAGGUCACUUUUGCGCCCGUCGUCAUAUAUUGCUUAUCACAAUGAAUUUAAAGGGUGAAUCGACAUCUGAUUUUCAGAAUCUGCGGUUCACUCUUAAACUAAAAGGCACAAUUGAAUUUCGGAAUAACAAACGUUAUCUCAAAAUUUACGAACUAGUGCCAAAUGUCAAAAUAGAUCGCUGGAUUUUAUGGAUGCAAGACCUCUUUGAGGACAACACUGAUCUAACAAACCUGGUGAAUCGUCUUUUUAACAUUCGCUGGCUUGAAGUUUGGAAUGAAUUGGAAUCAAAGAUAUUAGAAAUAUUUUCUGGCUUGUUUCUGGGUAUGAUCGAGGACACAUUUGAAAAGAAUUCAUACGAUGACAUGUUUUUACCUGAUUUGACUGAAACUCAAGAAAAUGCUUUAUAAUAGUCAAACGAGAAGUUUUGCAAUCAAAUGCUCUUAUUCAAGAAGGAACAACUGAAGCUAAAGUUACAAAUAUUUACUUCUAUGUAUCCUAUAAGAUUUUUGGGAGCAAUGUACAAUAUUAAAUGUAUCUCUAUUGGUGUGUGUGCAAGCUUUAAUUAAAUUAACCUCAUUUCUAGUAAUUAUAUAUUUUUAUAUUUAAAAAUGUAAUAUCAAUUCUGUAUAUGUGACAUAUCUCU